AAGACACACAACAGUUAUCAAGCUCUGCUCUUUGCUGAUUCACUGCAACCAACAUGCCUGUUCCAUCAAAAAAAGGAAAAACAGCUCAGCCUCAAAAGUACAUCGAAGAGGAAAAAAUGUACAGGAUUGUCCUGCUGGGAGACAGUGAAGCUGGGAAAAGGAGCCUAGUGAACAUGUUUGCAGAAGAUGCAUUUGUAGUUAACAACACGGAAUGCCAAACUAAGUCCAAAUCUCUCCAUGGAAGAAGAAUUACCCUGAUCAACACUCCUGAUUUCUCAGACACAGGUAGAUCAGAGGAGGAGCUGAAGCCUGAAAUACUGAGGUGUAUCACUGAGUGCACUCCGGGGCCUCAUGCUUUUCUUAUUGUGCUCAAAGUGGAGAAAUCCACAGAGGAGCAGCAGCAGCAACAGACUGUCAUUAGGAAAAUAAGUCAGUAUUUCUCAGAGGAAGUUUUCAGAUAUGCUGCAGUUGUCUUUAUUCAGGAUCGCCCAGACUCAGAUGAAAUGAAAAUCAAAGAGUUUAUAGAUCAAAAUCAAUAUCUGACUGAUUUAUUGAGGAAAUGCAAGAGCCGAUACCACAUCAUUAAUAAAUACAACCAACAGGGUGACAACAUCAGCAACCGGUCCCAGGUUAAAGAGCUGCUCAACACAAUAGACCAGAUAGUUGCAGAAAACAAAGAUUGGCGCUACACCAGCGAGAUGUUGCCACAAGGAAACACCCACAAUAAGGCUAACAGUGUCUCUGCAGACACUCCGGACACAGCAAAUGCAGAAUUAAGAAGAGCCUUAGGUGAUGGUAGCGUACCAGAAUGGGUAAAAUGGGUAAUAGAAAAAAUAUUCAAUUUAUUAGAGUGGGUAAGAAAUGAUUGUGACUUGUGGAUAAUUGUUUUCAUCUCGUUACUUCUGACAUGGUAUCUUCUCAAAGUACCCUUUUUUGGGACCCUUGUGAUAAUUUUGCUGUUUGUGUUUCUCUUUGAGAUUCGUGACAUGGUAUAAUUACAACACCAGACAGAACUGUAUGAUCCUGUGACAGAUUUUUCAGCCUCUAUGAGGUGUAAAAACAAACGAUUAUUAGAUAUAUUUAUGCAUUUGAGAUUUUGCAAAAUGUUAUGGAAUCAUUAUGACGUCAAAAAGGCAGUUUUUUUUUAAGUGUGUUGCACAUCGCUCUCCAUACCUUUCCAUAUAUAUGAUAUAUGGAAAGUCUGUCAGUAUUUUUUAUAUUUUUUUGCUUUACACAAUGUAGAUAAAACUUGGACUGUGACUUGCACUUUAUUUGGUUUCUUGAGGGUGCCUUUUUAGGUGAACAUUGACCUUGGGUGCUAACAAUGAAGGUCAAAUUCAAACGCUUAGCCAACCUAAGCCUAUUAACAAACAGACAGACAGAAAAGAAACAGAAAACAAUUACAUGCUCCCUCCGUUCCACGGGGGAGAAUGAGGUAACAUUCAUUUUUUUCAUGUCAAAGGUUGCUUGUAGCAUAUGUGUGUAUGACAGAUGUUUGCAUUAGUGCUGGGUGACCAGUUUGCUGAGAAGCUGACAUGAAACACAUAAACCUGUGAAUGAUAAACAAGAGCGUAUCCAAGUGUGUGAACAACAAAAUAUUUAAAUCAGCAGUUAGGCUAACUGGCUAAUUUACACUAAUUUCACUUAAGUUUAAGUGAUUAUCUGCUACUUUUAAUCAAUAUGCAAUACCCCUAUAAUAAAAUCACUAACAUCUUAUACUCUUAUUCAAAGCAAAAAGAAGAGGCAGACUGGUGACUGGUGGCUGACCGGUCAUUGAUGCACUCAAAAAAAAAAAACUAUUAAGCAUUUAAAAUAAUAACACAUGAACUUGUAAGGAGUGAGUUUUGCAGCUCUGCAUGAUGAUAAUACAGCUUUGGAGGAAAAGAAAAAGUUACUGACAAAGAGGAAGAGACAACAGGAUUGUGUAUUCUUUUUGAAAUCUGUAUUCUAUUUGGAUUUCCAUUUUAUGUACAAAGUUUGUUUUUACUCUAAAUCCUUAAAAAGCAGUGAUAAAAAAUCAGUUUGCCUUUAAAAUUUGAAUACAGACUGUUUUCACUGUUUCUGCAAUUCCUGCAGGUACAGUGUUGUUUUUGCCAGAAACAUCAGCAGUGUUGGGGAGUAACGGAAUAGUUGUACCGGCGUAUUUAAAAUACAAAACAUGAGUAACUGUAUUCUGUCACAGUUGCCGUUUAAAAAGGUGGUAUUCAUAAUACAGUUACGGCAUCAUGGCCUUGGACUCAUCUUUACAGCUUUUUAAUAGGAAAAAAAAGAGGAAUUUUAAUUUUAAAAAAUGUUUGACAUUUGUGAAAAUGUAAUUAUUUUUCCUUUAAUUUUUUUUUAAAACAUUUGUUUUGGUUUUUACUGCCUUUUGAAUCAAAAUUCUUUAGAUGCAGACGUUUGGUUUCCUGGUAUUUCAAGACAUUUAUGUGAUGAAGGGGGAUACAAAAAGAAACAGAAACAAAAAGAAACAGCACUUAAUACUUAUUUUAAAGCUUUAGUUGUUUUUGUAUUAUAGCUCAAUAAGUGCAAUAACUAUGGUACUAAUUACAAAAAGUUGGAAAACUGUACAACAUAAACAGAAUGUAUAUGUUUAUUAUAGCAGCAAAUCACAGUAAAAAUCACCUCAAGCUGCUUUAUGUUGAAACAAAAAAACCCCCCAACUACAAUCAUAUGAUCCCCUUCAUGCAAGCACUUGGUGAAAGUGCAAAAAGGAAAAACUCCUUUUAACAGGAAGAAACCAGGCUCGGAGGGUGAGGGUGGUGGUGCGAUGAUGAUUGUAAGACUAGCAUGACCUGUGCACAGACAACAACUGUUCCAUGUUCUGAUUAUUUGAGUGAUCUUCUCAUUAUUUUCUGUUUCACAAAUGGUUGAAUUUCACCCCAAAUUAUGUGGCAUGGCGGCCAAGUGGCAAGGCAGCGGUCUCAUAAAUUAAAUAUCAUGGGUUCAAUCCCCAUCUGUGCCUUUACUACGGGCAGAAAAUCUAUAAUGAUUAAAAGUCUUGAUUCGGUGUUUGGGUGAACAAGUUGCUUUGAGUGGGCAAAAACUCUGCUCCCAACAACCAGAAACACUGAACAGAACUUCAGACGUGACACAACAUGUCCACUGUUGGCGCUUCACUCAGUGUGAGUAUCAGUUUGCUUACUCACAGGUUUAUAUAUUUAACAGAAUAUAACACACCAUAUGAGGAGUCAAAGUGGACGAUCCAAACAGGAUAUCUGACAAUAGGAGACAUUUACAAAUGCAUAUUUACACUGACAACUCAUAUUAAUGUUAACAAUAACAUUUUAAAUAAUUGGUUGAAACAAUAAAGGGAAAGGAGAGUCUUCUAGUAUGACAAUCAUUUUUGCAAUUGUUCAUCCAAACACUUUUUUCUAUGUUUCAAAAAACAAUCACACAAACACUCAUCUAAAAAAUAUUCAUUGGACUAAAGUUUUAAUGCUCAUGCUACAUGUUUAUUGAGAUUGUCUAAUGUCUGCGACGGUAUCUUCUCCCACGUCUGCGGACACCGGAGGCCUUGUGGGGUCUCCUGCGUCUGCGAACGGGGCGAGUAGACCUCGCAUAUCUGCGUCUGUGUCCACACGGCAUUGUGAGUAGACGUGACCUGCUCCGUGUCACGGGUUCUAUUUAUGGACUCACCUGGCAACUUUAGUGAUGUCACUGCUGUUGUCACUAUUGGUGAUGCUAUACCUUGUUUAUAGCAUAAUAUCUGAACUGUGAUGUCACUGUGAAGUCACCCUGCAAUGUGAUAUAGUUAUGACUGAAAGGUCAUAACUGAAGCAGAUCAGUCAUUUUGUUGUGACCAUGUAACCAAGCAUGGAUGCAACCCUUUCUCCACGGUGACUUUGGUAGAAGAAGAAAAAUCUUGUCUGUUAAUUUAAUCUUCUGCUUAAUCUUCUGAUUAGAAGCAAAGCACUGUAUAAACACACAUCCAUGCAGAAUGUUGUCAUUAACAGAGAAAAGCCCAUUAACAGAUUAAAGUUUUCCACCACAUUUUGAAGUCAAUAUUAUCAUUUCAGAAUAAACUUUGUCCAAACUAAAUUCAAACCUAAAUCAAGAGGAGGUUUCCCACCCUUGGUCUCAGACUCUCGGGGCUCCACUGCAUGUCAGAAAAGAUGUUAUACCUUUUCCUUUCAGCACACUGAUCUGACAAGUUCAGCUGAUGUUUCAUCAGAAAGAGUCUUCCUACAAUAAAAACCUCCAGGAAGUAUCAGAUCAGUAUUUAAAAUCAGCUUAACAUCAUGGAAGCAGUAAAGCAGAGGGAAUGAGAAUGAAUGGCACGUGACAAGAGAGGAGAUGCUUCAUCUGUAAACUAUUACUGCCAACAAGGCAGCUUAACACAGCACUGCUUUUCAAAUGAAGUGGAAGGCUUUCCAAGAAGGUCAAGGUUCAUUCAUUACUGAAUCAUUAAAUACUACACAUUAAUCAGAAUCAAAAUACUUUAUUAAUCCCUAAGAAAACUUGUCAUGCAGCCACUUUAAAGUUACUUACACUGGAAACAACAUCAGCAAGCAGAGAUAUAAGGCUGUGUGUAACUGUAAAAUAAAAUGACAAUGAUUUAUGUACAAUAAAAUAAUAUAAAUCACACACCAAAGUAUACACGGGACUUUUUAUUAGUAAGUUACAAUGCAGACACAUACGCUGCCAAGGACAUUUCAAAAAUAAUGUAAUGACAUUUCAUCAUGUUUCAUUUAAACAAGAAUCACGCAGUGAAUUGAGAAAACAUUUGUUCUGUUUAUAACAAUUACAAAAUGCAGGGGCGAUUCUAGGAUCAGAGCUUUGGGGGUGCUGAGCACCCAGAGAGCUGCCCAUCCAGGCAAGGUAAACUUUACUCGUCACG